AUGGCGACUGAUACGCCCCCCGUCACAUCCGCUGAGGAGAGCACAGCACCAUCUGCUGCUCCCGGAGCCAACAGCAGCAGCAGCAGCAGCAGCAACAACAACAAUACGCCCGCGAUCUCUUCGCAUGCGACCUCUCCACCAUCGCGACCAAACACCCUGUCUCGGCCCAUGUCCUUUGCCUCUAAAAGUCGACUGUCGCAGUACUCAACCGCCUCGGCGCCGUCCCGAUCGCGACCACCCUCACACGCCUUCCCCAUGUUCCCUUCGAGCCUCUCCUAUGCGCUCGUGCGCGACUUCGCCUAUCCUGCCGCUCACCCCUUGCACUACGGUCCCCCCCCCGAGCCGUCGGCCCCUCCCUCUGGCUGGACGACGCCCAUGAGCGAACACAGGAGGCUGUCCGACCCGCCCGGGUCGUGGGAUCAGAGAAUGCCCUGGGACUCGUGGACGGCAGAUGGAUUCGGUCGAGGUCAGGACGUGCCUCCCAUCUCGUUUGGGGACGGGCCGCCGUACAGCGAGGAUGAGGACCUUCAGAGCCCAGUCGUCGCCACCCGGCACCGCAAGCACAAGUCGACGUCGGCCGCCAUGGGUGGGCCUGCCCGCGACGGCUCGGGCACGAAGGGCCCCCACUAUGAGGGUGAGCGAGGCUAUUACGUCGGAUCCGGCGGCAACGGUAGCGAGCGCUACUAUGUCGGCCACGGAGGAGAGGCUAACGGUCCGGGUGGUGAGGUGGUGACGUACCACCGAGGAGAUGCCGGACACAGUCAAGCGUACUACUGCGGGCACCCUCCCGAGCUUGGACGCGAGGUAUACGUCCCGUCGGACAGGAUGAGCCAACCGUCAUCGCCGGACGGCGGAGACGAUGAGUCGAGGUACUCGCGAGACUACCAGUUCACCAUCACUUCACCCGACGAGGAGUUUCACGGAAAGGCGGUCGCCCUCUUCGACUUUGCACGGGAGAACGAGAAUGAGUUGCCGCUGGUUGAGGGCCAGAUCAUAUGGGUCUCGUACCGGCACGGACAGGGAUGGCUCGUGGCCGAGGACCCCAAGACGCAGGAGAACGGCCUGGUGCCGGAGGAAUACGUCCGACUCCUGCGGGAUAUCGAAGGAGGCAUGAACAGCUUGGCGGGUCAACUCGCGGCAGAGGAAUCCGGGUCGCCCAACGACGUGGACACGCCGACGGUGCCGGAGAGCGGCGCGACGUACGGACCGGGCGCGGCGGCAGCCAACGGGGCCAACGGCUACCACCAGCCUGUCGUGUCCAUGUUCUCGACGUCGAGCAAGGACCUGGACCCGUACCCCAAGGGCCAGCUGGGGCUCCCGGGAGGCCAGGUGCCCCCCCAGGUGGUACACUACCACGGCCAGAGGGGCGGGAGCCAGGCCAACACGCCGACCCAGAGCCAGCCGGCCAACAGCCUGGGCCGGAGGGAGAGCCAAGAUGCGGGCGACAGAGAUCCUGCACCGGAGAAGAAGGCAGCCGCUGCGGCUAGCGAGGAGUGA